AUAUGUAUAUGUGGAUUUAUCGAUUAGUUGUUUAUUUGUCGUUUCUUUAUUUUUAUCAAUUGUCAUUUUUUGAUUGUAAGUGAUCCUUAUUCUAUUAGCUUGUUAUUUGAUCGAAAAUGCCGUUUGCAGAAACCGUCAAUGGUCAUGAUAGCUUCCCGGCUGUCAAACGGUUGACUAAUAACGAUGUGCUGCAAACAAACGUAAAGGAUGCGCAACAUACGUAUACCUUCGAAACAUUACAGGAAUCAGCACAAUAUUUAUUGAAUCGCAUCAAGAUUAGACCGAAAAUAGGGAUUAUAUGCGGUUCGGGAAUGGGAUCAUAUGAGCAAAACGAGUUGUGUCCAGGUUCGAUCGCGGAAUCCCUCGUGGACAAGCAAUGCUUCCCCUAUGAAGAAAUCCCACAUUUUCCGAUAUCUACGGUAAAAGGACAUACUGGUCAGAUGGUCUUUGGUUAUCUUCAAGGUGUACCAGUCAUGUGCAUGCAAGGCAGAUUUCAUUAUUACGAAGGUUAUCCACUUUGGAAGUGUGCCAUGCCAGUAAGAGUGAUGAAGCUGGUAGGUGUGACACAUUUAAUUGCUACGAACGCGGCCGGCGGUCUAAAUCCCACCUACAAAGUAGGUGAUAUCAUGAUAGUGAAGGAUCAUGUGAAUAUGAUGGGUUUUGCCGGCAACAAUCCUCUUCAAGGACCAAAUGAUGAUAGGUUUGGGCCUCGAUUUCCGCCUAUGAAUAAAGCCUAUAACGCCACGCUGAUGGAGAUCGGUAGACAAGUAGCUGAAGAGAUGGGUAUUGGCGAUAUUGUACAUAAAGGGGUUUAUACGUGUUUGGGUGGACCUAAUUUCGAGACAGUAGCAGAGUUGAAGAUGUUGCGAAUGAUCGGUGUCGAUGCGGUUGGCAUGUCCACAGUUCAUGAGGUGAUCACCGCCCGGCAUUGUGAUCUCACCGUGUUCACGUUCAGUUUAAUCACUAAUCAAUGUGUUACCGAUUAUGAAGAUCACUACGAAGCAAAUCAUGAGGAAGUGAUGGACGUUGGCAAAGCGCGACAACCGAUUCUUCAAGAAUUUGUGUCCAGAAUUGUAAUACGUCUCAGGGAUAUCCUGCAACUGACGACAAAAUAAUUCAUUUUAUAAUCAAAAUAAUUCAUUAUGCUGAUUAGAAUAAUUCGCUUUACUACAGGGGACUUCGAAUUGUUGAAUUAUUCGUUUCAGUUUUUAUAUUUAAUUCUUAAUACACACCUCUGAGUUAUUCGUGUCCUGCGCAUUUCUUUUCUUUGAAAUACUAAGAGCACCUGGUAAAAUAUCGGUUUCUUUUUUAUUACUAAAAAAAGUUUAGCAUCUAAAAAACAAGUUUUGUGCGUUGCCGGCCUCAAUUCGUAUCCUUUAACUGGUAUGUAACUCCGAAGUUCACCUCUGGGUCAUAAAUGAUCCAACGUGCGUACAAAGUGUACAUUUUUUGUAACUAAAAAAAAUUUAUUUUUUUUAAAUUAAUUUUCGGUUGUAUUGCGGGAAUAUUUCACGAAUUAUUAAAAAAAGAAUUUAACCCUAGAACAACAUAUUAGCCCUUAAUA